CCCCCCCCCUAUUCCAAGCUCCAAAGAAAACCGCCAGUAGGCAGGAGUUUAACAACCAGCAAAAAUGGCUUUCGCGUCGAAGAACAUCUUCGACCUCCUUGGGGACAACGACGCCCCUGCCGCUGCCCAGGCUCCCAAGCCUGCCGCCAAGAAGGCCGACGCCCCCGCUCCCGCUGCCGCCCGAGCUGUCCCCGGCGCUGCCCCUCGAGGUGGUGCCCGAGGUGGCCGACCCUCCGGUAACCGCCCUGCCCACACCACUACCCGUGACAACCGAACUGCCGACAACGAGGGUGCCGAGACAACUAGCGGAUUCGACGGCGAGCGAGUCCCCGCCAACAAGAAGGCCAACCACGUCCGUGACGCCCACACCAAGGGCCCCCGAGGUGGCAGGCAGAACAAGACCUCCGGUGGACACACUUCCAGCGGUGCCGGCCACUACAAGGGCGGCAAGGUCGUCGCCCAGGCUGGCGAGAGGAGGCAGUUCGACAGGAAGAACGCUUCCGGUACCACCGACUCUGUCAAGAAGACCGAGCACGGAUGGGGUGCUACCACUGGCGCUGCCGAGUUGAAGGACGAGGUUGCCGGUGAGAAGGACGCCCAGGCUGAGGAGACCGCUCCCCAGACUCCAGCCGAGGAGACCUCUGCCGAGUCUGGCUGGGGUAAGGACGAGCCUGCCGCUGAGCCCCAGGCUGAGGAGGAGCCCGAGGAGGUCACCAAGUCUUACGAGGAGUACCUCGCCGAGAAGGCCGAGGAGAACGCCCGUAACGCUGCCCUUGGUAAGAAGCAGGGUAGGGAGGUCUCUGGCGAAAUUGAGGGUACCGCUUUUGUUAGGGAAGGUUUGAACGACUUCUUCUCUGGCAAGGCCAAGACCACCGAGACCAAGACUAAGGCCAAGAAGGAGAAGGUCCACAUUGCCAUUGACGGCCAAUUCGCCCAGCCUUCCCGACCCCCCCGUGGAGAUGACCGAGAGAACAGGGGUGAGCGACGAGAGCGAUCCGACCGACCUGCCCGAGGACGAGGUGCCCCCCGUGGUGCUUUCGCCGGCCAGCGUGGCCAGACCCGAGGUGCUCCCCGAGGUGGUCGAGGUGGCCGAGCUGCUGCCCCCGCCAUCAACGCCAACGACACCAGCGCGUUCCCCGCUUUGGGCGCUUAAGCGUAGCACACGCGCAAUCAAUGACUAUCAAGGUCUAAACCGGAGAGAUGAGGUUGAAAAACGGAAAACAGUGGAUCACUGGACAAGCUGUGGAUGGGGGUGCUCAAUGGAAGGGAGAAGGAAAGGCUGCUUAGCUUAGGGAUUUCUCUUGCAACUGUAAUGACUUCAGCUUUCACUUUCACUUUCACUGUGCCGCCUUCUGAGUGUUCCAAAGCCUGCUGAAUUCCGAGUUUCUAUUUCGUCUACUUUGGAUAGUGUGAACAAGCAUUUCUUUCUCUUUCUGGCCUACUCCUGCGCGCAAAUGAUACAAUAUUGCACAGACAUCUGCAUUGCCUCAUUUUCAUGGUACGACGACGUCGACGACGGAAAGAUGCAUACGUAAGCAUAUCCCGCCUGCAUCUGAUUCCGCAGCGUCGCAGGGUGUCCAGCAGUGACGAGGCCCUCCAUGCAUCUCUUACUUUCUUG